GAUGGUAAAUGUCAAAUCGAAACGAUCACAACAACAUUGUCAUUUACGGAAGCUAGAAGAGAAAAUCGUAGCAAAACGAACCUGCAAUCUAAUCAAACCAUUAAAUCACUUUACAAAUCCUACUCCUUCAGUCCCGCGCUGUGUCCAGUUCGGUGUGCAGAAUGAACGAUGCAAAGGUAAGCGUCAGCUUUUCGUGCCAGCGCUGCCUACAGCCCAUCCAUGUCGACGAUACGUUCGCCAGCCUGGGCGAACAUACGCUGGCGGAGCUUGCCCUGCCGAUAAACUCCCACCUGGAGGUUGAUCUGGAAUCGCAAUCGGCCAGCUUCGAUCACUUUGUGCCUCCGUUUCGGGUGACCGAAUCGACGAACGACACCAACGGCUUCAUGCUGCUUUCCGACGGUCCGGACAAAGAAUCACUCGGUCACAGUUUGCGCGUGAAGGCGGAACUGUUCGACGCGCUGUCAAACAACUCGGAAAUAGACCAUCCGCUGUGCGACGAGUGCACCGACACGCUGCUGGAGCUGAUGGACAAGCAGCUGAAGAUAGCGGAAGACGAAUGGAACGAUUACAACAACUAUUUGAAGAAGCUAGAAAUGACGGACGAUGUGCCAAACAUUGAGGAGCUGGAGAAGGAACUGGACGGGCUGAAGCUGGACGAGACACGGCUGCUCGAGGAGCUGAGCAAUCUGUCGCGCGAAGAGCAGUCGAUCCGCCAGGCGGUAGAGGAACAGGAAAAGGAAAAGCAAAGGCUCGAGCGGGAAGAGAACAAAUAUUGGCGCGAGUACACGAAACAUCGCCGAGACGUAAUAACCACCGAGGACGAGUUCCGUUCGCUCGAGUGCCAGAUGGCGUACGCCCAGAGCCAGCUGGAAAAGUUGAAGAAAACGAACGUAUUUAACGCAACGUUUCAUAUCUGGCACUCGGGACAUUUCGGCACGAUAAACAACUUUCGGCUGGGGCGACUACCGUCCGCACCGGUCGAUUGGUCGGAAAUCAAUGCUGCCUGGGGACAGACGUGCCUGCUGCUGUCGGCACUGGCGCGCAAGUUGAAUUUUAGCUUCAAGCAGUACCGACUGGUACCGUACGGUAAUCAUUCGUAUGUUGAGGUGCUGGGCGAAGGCAAAGAACUGCCGCUGUACGGUAACGGAGGUUUCCGUUUCCUGUGGGACUCAAAGUAUGAUGCGGCGAUGGUCGCAUUCCUGGACUGCUUGCAGCAAUUCAAGGAGGAAAUCGUCCGGAGAGAUCCCGACUUCUGUUUGCCGUACUUGAUGGAGAAAGGAAAGAUUGAGGACGCGUCUACGGGAAGCAGUUUUUCGAUAAAGAUCCAAUUCAACUCGGAGGAACAGUGGACGAAAGCGUUGAAAUAUCUGCUAACGAAUCUGAAAUGGGUACUCACGUGGGUAUCGUCCCAGUUCACCGAGGACAAGCGGUAGAACCCAAUAUCAUCAUACGCACGACCUCCGGGGCGUGUGAAAUUGCUUAGCAAAUUGCAGAACUGUCGUGAUAUUAUUCGAUUGAAUUCCGGUAGCGUCAUCAGAAGCAGAUUCGGGGCUUGCGAGAAAGAAAAAAAACCGAGGAAGCUAACAAGGGAAGAAAACUCGUCCCCGUCCGUGUCGGUGUGUGUAUCCCCCCA